UCAGAAUAAAAAGUGGGUGCAGGAGAGAGCACAAGGUGUGAAGAUCUGAACUGAGCAAGAAUAAUGUUCUUCGGUAUCCCAGCUCUAUUCGUGCUCCUUCUGAACACCCCAAUAUGUGCCGGUAUGGGGAUCACAGGAGGCAAAGAAGCCAUUCCUCAUGCACGGCGAUACAUGGCUCUAGUGCGAACAGGUUCAAACCUUUGCGGAGGGACUUUGAUUAAAGACAACUGGGUGUUGACAGCAGCUACCUGUAAAGUUGACAGAACCACAACAGUUGAUCUUGGCGUCCAUUCAAUAAAAACAAUGAAUAAACUGAGACAGCAGUUUAAGGUUGCACGAUGGGUCCCACACCAGAAGUUUGAUCGACGUUCAUACGUCAAUAACCUUCAGCUUUUACAGUUGUCCAGCAAAGCAAAUUUCAGUUAUGCUGUGAAUAUUCUAUUGUUGCCAACUAAAUAUAAGGAUAUCAAACCCGGGACUGUAUGUGAAACAGCCGGAUGGGGUAUUACUGCCUACAAUGGAAAGCAACAAUCUGACAAACUAAUGGAAGUCAGUUUAACUGUACUGGACAGAAUGCAAUGUAACAACCAGUGGAAGUCAAAAAUUAAAAUAACAAAAGAUAUGAUGUGCACCAGAGACAAAGGGAAAAGGGGUUUCUGCAAUGGUGAUGGUGGAGGACCACUAAUCUGCAAUCGCAUACUUACUGGUGUCAUUUCAUUUGGACCAUUAAUUUGUGGAAUGGAAAAUGGAGCCAACGUCUACACACGUCUAACUAGCAAUUACAUUAAAUGGAUUAAAAAAGAAACUAAGAGAACAUAAGUCAAUUUCAGCCAUUGAUUCUACAUAGCUAUUAAAUCUAUCCCUCUGACAAGGGAUAUACAUUUAUAGCAGAUGCCAUUUGUAGGCCACUAUGAAUUCAUUUAUUAACGUUACUUUUUUUGUUACGCUUACUUUUUUUGCAUUAAUGAAGCUUUCACUCUCUAACCUUGCAGUUUCAAUUUUGCCUAAGCUGCCAUUGUUUUAUUCUGUCUGUCCACAUUCUUCCUUAUUAACUCUCACAGUCCUCCUACAGUAGAAUAACCCCAUUUUAAGAAGCCAGCAAGAAUGGUGGUGCCAUUUUGGGGUGACCAUAUGGUUAUCAAAUACUCCAGCAUAAUGCAGUUCACAAUACGAAAGCAAAGUCUGAUUGGUUGCUAUCAGUCACCAUACUAGUGCAAAGAUGGAACUUUCCCAUGUGGUGUAGACAAAUAGACUAAUCCCAAAGUACAAUAGAGAGAGUAAAGGGGAUUACUUAAACAGAGUGUAGCAUUUACAGGGUUCUCUGCCCAAAAACUGUUUUUGUAUAAUGCACGAAAAUGUAAUUUUAUUCAACUUUUCAAUAUAAUUUAAAUGCAAAUUGUUAAAUUCAUUUGCUAUUCAUUUGCUAUUAAAAGCAUCAUCUAUUUGACUGUU